AUGUCCGACCUUGAUGUCGCGAGCCAUUACAACUUGCCCUCGGAGUUCCCUGAUGAAUGGCCAGCGGCGCUGGACGAGGCCGACCAGUCCGAGCAGGAGCCCGCCCAACAAUCCAAGUCGCGCGCCCGCAAGUCGCGCUACUUUGCGCUAGAGCGCACUCCUAGUGACUGGCGGAAUAACUUUGGGUCUCGUAGAGGGAAAGAUGCCAGAGAGAAUACGCAGAAUGACGAACCGGAUCCACUAGGAGGGAGUGACAGUAUUCUCCGCACUCUCAAGAGCCGUGGGAUACGACUUGAGGAUGACGGGGGUAAACGGUCUCGGUUCCUCCUUUCAUCAACAUCCUUCUCGCCUGCUCUAUUCCUCUCUCAAGUCCAUCAUGAUGCUUCGAUCGAAUCGCUCGUAGCUGGCCUGGACAAUCUGUCGAAUUCCAUCGACGAGAAGUCAGCGUCGCUGAAGGUACUGGUGGAGGCGAACUUUGAGCGCUUCGUCCGCGCCAAAGCAACUAUUGACAGCGUAUACACGGAGAUGAGAGAUCAGGGAGCAACAACGGAGCAAGCCUUAGCACCCCGCCGAUCAGGACACUUCCGCAAUUAUUCAGGUCAGCAUCGGAGCAUAUCGCCUGCUCCGAUAGUAACAAGGGGACCCAAGAAGAACGCACUGACUAAGGAGAGUGAAUAUGGUAUGAAGGGCAUUCGAGGCCCUCUGGUGGAAGCUUCAGUGAAAGCUGAGGAAGUCUGGGGUCCUGCGCUUGGAGGACGUGACCGGGAGCAGAUGCUCAAGUCGGUUGUGGAGACCAUGGAGAAGAACCGCGAUGUUUACGAGAUCGGAAGUCACUUGUCCAAGUCCAUCCAACAGCGCGAUUAUGAUUCUGUCUUUGAAGAGUAUACCAAGGCUCGGACACUAGCAAACCGGGCGAAGAACAUCGUGGAGCAGGCCUCCAGCGCCCAACGACAAUUGUCUGAUCACGAAACGCACACGAUCUUGGCCAUGGGUCGAAUGUGGAUGGAUGUUGAUCAACAGAUUCAAAACUUCAAGCGGGAUCUUUGGAGACGAUUGAGUGACGCACCCACUACUUCCACCACCAGUACAGCAUCCGGUCCUGUGGAGGAGCACAUGGAGCUGAUCGGAGCAUUGUUGGAAUUGGGUGUCGACAACAACCCUAUUUGGACCUGGCUUCUCAGCCGCUACGAGUUCCUUAAGACUAAGAUAACAUCAUUCUGUGAUCGAUGCAAGGUGGAGAUUGAGAUUUUGCGGCGAAGGCUCGCGGGAGGAGAGAAACCAGCGCCCCAGGCCACUGCAUCUUAUCUGCGUCUAGCUCCUCGAGAUGGUUCGGCGGAGAUACCCGAGCGACUAGACACGGAUCAAGUUAUUGAGCUCUGGGAUUGUGUUCAAGCAUUCUUAACUCGGCUCUUAUCAUCGCAGAGUGGACUUUUAGGUGAAGUGCUUGACUUCUGGGAGGUAGCACAAUCUUUCAUCGAUGGCAGCCGCCAAAGACUUCUUCCCGUCGGCUUCGAGGGCGAGAGCCGCAAACACCACCGACUUACACCUGCAAAUGUGACGCAACUUGAGGGAGGCAUUGUGGAGCUGGUCAACCUCAUUCGAGAGAAUGUCUUGUCUCUUUUCAAUGAGCCUCCGAUGGAGGACAUCUCCCUUCUCUCCUCUCCCAUUCCGCCGAGUCCAACAAGCCCGGCCUCGCGGGGUGUCACUCCUACCGAGUCUAGAUUCAAACUGGACCCUAAGAACCUGCCUAUUCUAGCUCCUAAGAAAGGAGAGCAUUGGGAAGGCUAUGCAUUUUGGCCGCCCUAUUCCAAUUCUCUCAGCGGUGUCCACUAUCUCAGCAAGUUCCUCAUCAUUCUAGGCACGGCUGCCAGUGAGAUGGCGGCCCUGGGCCCUGUUGCUAGUGCCGGACCAACAAAUGAUCAACUGAAGUCUCUUGUCAGCAUUGCCCGAGAGCGUUCUGCUCGCGUCGCAUGCUCUGCGUGGAGCAAGGACGCGGAAAUUUGCAAGAUGUUAGAGGACUGGACUCGCGACUCGGAGAAGCGCGAUCUCACCAAGAUGCCUUGCUUAUUUGUGGCCUUUGAGAGCGCUAUCCUUGGAGGCAUGCAGAAGAUUCUCUAUAUUUCCGAGGCUAUGGCGAAAUCGGGCUCUAUCGACGUUGUGACCCAACCGCCUGCCAAGUUGCUUCAGCUGGUACGAGCGCAAUUUGUGUCUAGUGUCUAUAAGGCACUAAGCGGACUGGUCGAGAACGCAGAACGACUCGCGCUUUCGGAGGAGAACGAAUGGGUCCUAUCUAGGCCGCUCAUAGCCAGCCAAGCAGUCGAUGCGGCUCUGUCGGUCCUUACUGCAGACUCCGUCGAUUCCCGCAACAGGAAUGUACGGAUUCUCCUCACACUUUCAAACCUCAAGGCCCUUCAGGCCGAAUAUGUGCCGCAGUUGAUCGCCAAUUUUGAGACAUCGUUCUCAGUCAAGUUGACGGAAGAGGGCAAAACUGUUCGAGAUGUCCUGAAGCAAAUCGAAGAUCGACUCUUCCAGUCAUACACCAAGCCAACUAUUGCCACCUUGAACGAAACCAUCACUACAGGAAUUGCCGCCUCAGACUGGGUGCCUUCCACCGAUCGCCCAGAUCAAGUUCGCCCUUACGUCUACAGCACCAUGCUGACUCUGGUGCUGGUGCAUACGGAGAUCUCGACGACUAUCCCGUCCACAGUCUCACAGAGCUCCAGUCGCUCAUCGCCAAAUGCUCCAUCCUCGUUGCUGGCCACGAUUCUGACGCACCUCCUAGUGGAAGUGUCCUCGUCCUUGCUUGCAGCGUUCCGCUCUCGUCCCACUUUCUCCCUGGCCGCCUUGAUGCAAGCCACGUUGGACACUGAGUUCAUCGCGCAGACCUUAUCCCAGUAUUCAACCGAUGAAGCAUCCAACAUUCAGAGUCAAAUCUACGUGGAACUGGAUCGUCGAACUACCAACGAGGCUCGCACGAAACUCCAAGCCGAACUGGGAGAGAUGCGUGUCGUGCUUAAACGCCUACGGGAUCGGACGAAGGGCGAGUUUGCCUGCUUUAAGAAGCCCCGAAGCGGUGGCUCCAAGCCCUCCACUUCGACAUAG